AAGAACCCGACAGGAGCUUUACAAUUAAUUGUAACGAAACCGCCCUUCACACGGAUUGUAAGGUCAACUGAAGAGACGAAUACAAUUUACUGUGACAGGUGCAGAGGAUGUCCAGAGCUGAUUGGACCUUUCUGGAGCACCUGCUAGGAGAAGGUCAGGAGUAUUCUACGAACGUCGGCCGCGUUUGGCUCACGGUACUCUUCCUUUUUCGUAUGCUCGUGCUGGGAAUUGCUGCUGAAUCUGCCUGGGAUGAUGAGAGGUCUAACUUUAUUUGUGACACCAAACAACCUGGAUGUGAGUCAGUGUGCUACGACAAAGCUUUCCCUGUCUCACACUUUCGCUACUUUGUUCUUCAAGUCGUCUUCGUCUCCACGCCAACGAUCUUUUAUUUCGGUUAUGUGGCCAUACAUACAGGCAAGCAGAAAAAACAAGAGGAAGGAGAGAAAGAAAGGAGUUACCAAAGGGAUGCUCACCCCAGAGAGGGUAAAUUGGAGGUGAUAGAAGAGGUGGAUGAAGUAGAGAAUGGAGGAGCGGAAGGACGGAGAGAUGGGAGAAAGAACUUGCCAGAGCCUGGGAAUUUAAAAGGGAGGAUCCUGUGUGCUUAUGCAAGCAGCAUUUUCAUGAAGAUUCUUCUAGAAGUUGGCUUUAUUGUUGGCCUGUGGUUUCUCUAUGGAUUUGUUGUUGAAGACAAGUUCGUGUGUAAGCGAGACCCCUGCCCCCAUCGGGUGAACUGCUAUGUCUCACGGCCUACAGAGAAGACCAUCUUUACCAUCUACACUCAGAUCAUAGCUGCGAUCUCUGUUCUUCUCAACAUUAUAGAGCUCUUUCACCUUCUCCAGAUUGCCAUCAUGCGACGGCUGACGAAGAAGUAUCAAACACCAAAGAGGAUAAAACUAAUAGAAAAGACUCCCUCUAGGUUGGAGCCAGCGAUGCCUCAAGCCCCACCAUAUCAGGAAAAAGCUCACUUAUUUCUUCCUAUAGGAGAGAAUAGCUACAGCCAAUCUGAAUUGGACUGGUCAGUAAGGGACUCUCCAUCAUCAACAGAUAUGCUUCCAAGCUACUCCAACUGCAUAAACAAUGUGAGAUCAACCUCUCGCAAGAGUCACUCUAAAAAGCACUCUCACAGCAAGCAGAGUAAAAGUACACAUAAGGGGAACCACUCCAAACAGACGCAGUACGUGUGAUUUUAAAGUGGAAAAUUUGGACUAGGUUGAACCAAAUGGGGCCAGUUAUGGAACAUGAUUGUGGUGGAUGAAUCACUUAAGGUGGUAGUCCCUGUGGAUUUCUCUGAGGCUUGAGCCAUUUCCCCUGUUUAGGAUGUUUGAGUUGAACUGUACUUUGGGCUCUGUGGCUUCAUCCAAAGCCACUGUUCUCUGUAGC